AUGGCUCGACCUCGUCAAUACGACUUUGAUGGCGACGAUGCAUCUUACAUCAUAUUUCUUGAAAGUCGAGUUGCUCAGCUCGAAGAUGCGAGUUCCUCUGAAGCUCGGCAAAGUUCUCCCGAUGAAGGGAAUCGAUCAUGUUCAACAACAGACAAUCGGAGGAUUCAUGACCGAGGCGAUCGUGACGGCCAAGAGGGAUGUGAAUUGCAAAUUAUUGAGUACCAGCCAGAUAUCCACGAUUCAUCCUCAAAAGACCCGAAUAAAUCACCCCCUACUACGGGCGGCGAUGAGGGCGGUGGUAAAAGCAAAUCUCAGCUACGAGUGGAGGGCGAAAUGGAUCAACUCUUUUCCAAAAUUCCAGCGUGGGAUAAAUGGCACAACCAUAUUGACGAAAAAAUACGCUUGGAUUUCCUGAUUAACUUAUUACCGGACGGAAACCUUGAGCAAAGUCCUAUUUCACCCCAAAGUGCACCUAGCGACAUUAAGUCUGUCGUGGAAGAUUAUGAGCAAGGCACCAAAGCACAGGUAACCUUGAACAAGCAAAUUCUACAUCUUCGAGAGCUUGUCUUAGUGUCGCUAUGCGUUGUAGCAUUAAGACUCGGCCAUGAGGAGUUGGCAUAUCGAACCAUACGAUCCUAUUUUGGAGAAAAAAACGACAAGCAGAUCGACAAGCUCUUUUCUGGUGCCAAGUGGGCAAAUAGUCUGAUUUCUAACUUAUUGUCCACGACCCGUUGGGGUUUGAAGUCCUGGGAUAUAUUCCUUAUGAGUAGGUAA